CGUCUCGCGAUAGCUGCUAACGAGAUCAGGAGCGGAAGUAAAUAUUCGGACAGGCACGUUAGCUACCGAGAGGCGUAAAUAAAGUGAUACGUUCAGCGUGCGAGUGACCUGCAUUUUUUAAAAACUGGUUAAUUUUAAUUCUAGUCUAGAGUUGAGUUAGUGGAAACGGUUGGCAUAUUGGCGCACCCGAGUCGCGAAUCCGUAACAAUCACGUUACGGGCAUCCGAUAGCACGUUUUGCGGCCUGGGACUUAGGCAAAGCAGCCAGCAUUGUUGCUGCUGAGUUAAGCUAACGGCGCGUUUAGCCUCUUUAGCUUAAACUGAAGACUAAAGUGGUACUUUCUUACUUCAGCAAAUGUCCACGACCCCUCAAAGCGUCUAAUCAGUCUGGUCAGUUGUGACGAAAACAAUUUCCGGCUGGAUCUAAAAUGAUAAUUGAAAAUCUGGAUGCUUUGAAAACAUGGCUGUCUGACACGCUCGAGCCCAUCUGCGAUGCAGACCCCUCGGCGCUCGCCAAGUAUGUUGUUGCCCUGGUGAAGAAAGACAAAACUGAAAAAGAAUUGAAAGCCUUGUGUAUUGACCAGUUGGACGUGUUUCUCCAGAAGGAGACCCAGCAAUUUGUGGACAAGCUGUUUGAAGCUAUAGACAACAAAAGCUACCUGCCUCCAAUGGAACCUCAACCUGCCUUUGUCAAAGUUGAGAAAGAUGAGCAGAAAAAAGACGAGGCAAACCGAGAAGAAGAACGUGACAAAAAGUUCUCUCGACGAGUGAAUAACAGCCCUCCAACAAGUUCCCGCUACAGUCGAGACGGCAGGAGAGUUGAUGAUCGUAAAAGAGAGGACCGUUCCAGGAAGAGGGAUUAUGACCGCAACCCACCCAGAAGGGACUCGUACCGUGAUCGCUACAAUCGGAGGAGGGGUCGCAGUCGUAGCUACAGUCGUAGCCGCAGCCGGAGUUGGAGCAAAGAUCGCACUCGAGACCGUGACCGAGACAGGGACAGGGAGAGAGAUCGGGACAGAGAUCGAGACCGGGAGCGGGAUCGUGCCCGAAGCGGGAGUCCUACUCACAGCAGAACUCGCUCAAGAAGCAGGAGUCGAGAACGGGAUUCUGGGAAGUUGAAGUACGAUCACGAUCGAGCGGACAGGCCGGAAGGUGCCGAGGGUUACAACGCAGCCGUUCUGGCGUCCACCGCAACCACUUCCCAGUUCCCCGUGCCAACACUGAGCAGCACCAUCACGGUCAUCGCGCCCACUCAUCAUCACAGCAAUAACACAACCGAGAGCUGGUCAGACUUCCACCCAGAGCGACCGGUGGAUCGCGGCCCUUUCAGGGGGCCCCCCCCUCAGCCGAGAAAACGGUGCCGCGACUAUGACGAGAAAGGCUUCUGCAUGAGAGGAGACAUGUGCCCUUUCGACCAUGGAAGUGACCCGGUUGUCGUGGAGGACGUGGGUCUGCCCAGCAUGCUGCCCUUCCAACCGCCACCCAUCCCAGGUGUGGACGGCCCCCCGCCUCCGGGCCUCCCGCCUCCGCCGCUGAUGAACCCCUCGCCUGUGAAUCUGGGGCCUCCUGUACCCCCGCCGGGCACCCUGCCGCCAAGCCUUCCGCCAGUUGCAGGACCACCGCCACCUCUUCCUCCACUUCAACCAUCUGGAAUGGAUGCUCCUCCAAAUUCCAUAACGAGUGCCGUUCCCACGAUUGUCACCUCUGGCAUGCGCCCUUCAGUGCCCCAAAUGCCGACACCACUUUUCCCCUCGGAUACGUAUGAGAGUGAUGUGUACAACCCUGAGGCUCCCAGUAUAACGAGUAGCUCCAGGCCAAUGUACCGCCACCGGGUCAAUGCCCAGAGGCCCAACCUGAUUGGCCUCACAAUGGGGGAUGUGGACCAGCCGCCCAAAGACAAGGUUCCAAACAACAGUAUGAGAAUCGUUAUGGAUUCUGGCCUGAGAAAGAGACCAGCUGCUUUGCAUGAUGGAGGCAUUCUCCACAAGAAACCUUGGUUUGACAGACCUAACUAUAUCAAACCCAACCAUCUGGGUUACCACAGAAGAGGUCCCUUCAACUCCCCGAACACAAAGCUGCUGGUUCGGCAGAUUCCCUCCGAACUCAACAACAUCAGCAAACUCAAUGAACAUUUCAGCAAGUUUGGAACCAUCGUCAACCUGCAGGUGGCCUAUCAGAAUGACCCCGAGGGUGCGCUGAUCCAGUUUUCGUCCCCGGACGAGGCCAAGCGGGCCAUACAAAGCACAGAGGCCGUCCUCAACAACCGCUUUAUUCGGGUUCACUGGUUCCGGGAGAACGGAAGUGAUGGACUCGGGCAGGGUCUGCCUCACGUACAGCAGUUGCAACCGCAGCCAGUCUUGCAGCCCGCCGUGACUUCGUUGAAGCAGUCCGUCAAAGAUCGCCUUGGGCCCUUUCUCCCCGCCAACUCUGAGCCUUCGCAUAACUCCGGUGUAGCUUCUAAGAACCCUGCAAAAGUGGCAGCGAAGGAGCACUUGGCUUACUCUGCCAAACCUGCCGCACCUGUGGAGAAGGUGUUUUCCACUUUGGCGGGCCUGUCGAAGACGGUGUACAAUCCUGCGGCCCUGAAAGCUGUGCAGAAAAACGCCGACGACUCUCUGAAGAAGAAACAGGAAGCCCUGAAGUUACAGCAAGAUGUUCGGAAGAAAAAACAGGAAAUACUGGAGAAGCACAUCGAAACUCAGAAGCUCCUGAUCUCCAAACUUGAGAAAAACAAAACCAUGAAAGCAGAGGAUAAAGCCAAGGUCAUGGAAACGUUGGGCGCCUUAACCAAGAGUAUCACCAAACUACAGGAGGAGAUCAAAGGCAUCCCAAACAGCAGCAGCAGCAGCCAUCUCCUGCACACAAUCAAGAGCAAGGACCAAGCUCAGAAAGAACUGCUCGAUACAGAGCUGGACCUGUACAAGAAGACUCAAGCCGGGGAGGACACUGCUUUGUUGAAGAUCAAGUAUACCCAGCUACAGAUUGAGGCUGCUAAAAGGGGACUGCUGACUCCGGGCCGAGGUCGCGGGGGGUCAGCCCGAGGGCGUGGCGCUCCAAGGGCCCGCGGCAGAGGUGCCAGAGGACGGGGGAGAGGUGCUCCACACCACGCGGUUGUGGACCAUCGACCCAGAGCUCUGGAGAUUUCUGCUUUCACCGAGCUGGAGCGGGUGGACCUGCUGCCACAUUUUGCUCAAUUUGGAGAAAUAGAAGAUUGCCAGAUUGAUGAAAGCACCUUGUCUGCAGUCAUCACCUACAGGACAAGAGCAGAGGCUGAGCAGGCGGCCCUCCACGGCAUCAAGUUGAACAGCCGGUAUUUACGCCUGGCCUGGCACAAGCCUGUCAUGACACUGAAUGCUGCUGAUGUGAACCAGGCCGAGCCAGAGGAGGAUGAGUACCCAGAAGAGUCACUGAGCGACGAGGCCUUGCUGCAGGAUGACGACGAAGAGGAUGACGACAACGAACCUCGCUCCUGGCGCAGAUGAAGACUAUUUGCGAUGUUCUUUUACACCCGAGUGCAACGAUGACCAGAUGUCCAGCAAUUUAUUUAUUUUCAUGCCUGUUUAUAAAUCUGACAAGGCACCUUGGCUUGAUGUCACACGUAACUCAUGUAACUGGCUGAAAAAAGAAAAACAUGCAACUUGGAUUGAUUUUUAAGAUGUAUUAUUCCAGAUGCAACUUUUUUUUAAAAUGCUCUUAAUGUAGAUUUUUUUUUCUUUUGUAGGAUGGAUAACUAGUUUGCCUGGACAUGUGACAGUGUGCUGAAUCAUCCCCUUUCAGAGAACAAAUCCUGUAUUACCGUGUAACAAAAUGACAGACUAAAGAUUUUGCAGAAUAGUGUUACAUUGGUUGGUUGAAAGCUCACUUGUAAAUAUCUUAUGUCUGGGUUGAGAUAAUUUGUCCGAAAGCUUACUUUCUCAGUUACUUGCUUUCAUUUUGAAUGUGUAAAAAACAACAACAACAACAAACUAAUAAAGAAUUGAAAUGGUCAGAAAA